AUGAAAAACAGAAUUUAUAAAACAAUCCUUAGACCAAUAGUAACAUAUGCGGCAGAAACACAACCUGACAGAGUGGACAAAAACGAUGUUGGAAAUAGCAGAGAUGAAAAUACUUUAAAAUAUUCUUCGUACAAAAAAUGGUUUAAAACAUCAUGGGACAAAGCUAAAAGUACAGAUAUGCGACGUAGAUGCAAGGUGGAGAACAUCAAGAACUGGGUCCUUUCCAUAAUAAUGUACAAGAAAAUUUUGGUAACAGCAGUUCUAUUCGCUAAUAUGCACUAUGGCGACAGUUCAUUGGUAGAAUUAUUAAGAAAUGGAAUAAGUACGGUUUAUAACGGAGUUGAUUGUGGACUUUACAAACUCGAAUCGUGGAUUGGUAGUGAACCAAAGCCGUGUAAUUUUCAUUUCUUUGGGAGUUCUAAAAAUCAUACACAGAACGGGGUUCACAGUGGAUAUGUUCCACUAAAAGAAGAAGAUCCAGAUCUUAUCGCAGGAAAACAAUAUGCAGAUUCGCAACCCGAAAGGGGAACUGCUAGAAAGACCAAAUCAUUCUCACUAUCAAACAAUAAACAGAAAAUACAGCCGCAAGAAGAAUAUCAUGGAAAGUCAUUGCAUGUCGGAGAUAAAAAAUUUAUAAUACUUAAGAAAAAACAUAUGGACAAUAUUAAUUCUGCAGUGGAUGAUGACGAACAAAAUAAAGAAGAAGAAGAAGAAGAAGAAGAAGAGGAAGAAGAGUUAGUUAAAACUCUUAGGAACCUGAUCAAAUCUCAAGAUAGCAUUCAAAUAAGUUCGCUACAACUAACAGAAACUGAUAUAUACCAACAAAUCAAAAAACAGGUGCACAAAGAAGUUCAGAAAGUAGAAAGGCAAAAGCAAUUGACAGCAACAAAUAAAUGGAGGAAAAAAAUCAAAGAAACUAAGGAACUGUGGGUAUCAGAAAACUGUGAAGAAAUAGAAAGGUUAGAUAAACAACACGACAGUUUUAACAUAUACCGGAAAAUCAAAGAGACCGCACGCAUAUACAAGAAGAAAGGUAUUGGAAAUAUCAUGGAUAAAAAUAACAUGAUAAUAACGGAAUAUGAUAGAAUAGCUGAAAACCAUUUGGGAUUCAGAAAAGGUUUUGUUACCAGAGAAGCAUUAUUUACUGUACAAACACUAAUAGAACGAUGUCAAGAUGUUAAUUGCAACGUAUUCAUAUGUCUAGUCGACUUCGAAAUAGCUUUCGACAAGGUACAACACCGAAGAAUUGCAAAACUACUGUAG